AUGGCGGCUAAAGAUGUCGAGCGUCAAGAUUUCAAACCAGACAGCCUGUGCAAACUGUAUGAGAUGGAUGAGAACCACGAGCGACGCAUGUGGCUUGACAAACUGCUGCAGUUCAUGGAGGAGCGUGGAACACCUAUCUCAGCAUGUCCCACCAUCUCCAAGAAUCCUCUCGAUCUCUAUCGGUUGUAUGCUUACGUCAAGGAAAGAGGGGGCUUCAUGGAGGUCACAAAAAACAAAACCUGGAAAGACAUUGCAGGGCUUUUAGGCAUCGGAGCAUCUUCAAGUGCUGCAUAUACACUUCGGAAGCAUUACACGAAAAACCUUUUGGCCUUCGAAUGUCACUUUGACCGUGGAGGUAUAGACCCACAACCAAUUGUAAAUCAAGUGGAAUCUACUUCGAAGAAGAAGAUGACCAAGACAUCAUCAGUUCCAUCUCCAGGCUCAUCAAAUUCACAGGAUUCAUUUCCAGCAGCUGGUUCAAGUGGAGAAAAUAUUUUGAUAUUACAGUUAAGAGACUAUUUCCCAUAUCUUCUGAGGAGUCCAUAUCAAAAUACUAUGUCACAUGUAGAUAUCUGCUUCAGAUUGCUGGAUAAAUAUUUCUCCCCUGCUGAGGUAGACCAGCAAGUUCUGGCAGGAAUUGUUGCUUUUAUAUUUGUUAUUUUAGGAAUUCAGCAAGGCUAUAAAGGCCAGUCCGGGUACUCUCAGUAUCCGGAUCAGUAUCCCCAUAGUCGUGGACAACCAACGAAUAUGGGGCAGGAAUUCAAUCAGCAGUACUCUUCCAGCAGCUCAUAUCCACCUGCUCGGCCUAUGUAUCCUCCCUACGCUUCUGAGACUGAAAGGAGUUAUGGACAAGGUAGAGGGACGCAGCAGUCGGCUGGUGGUCAAGAUCCCUUUGGACACAACCGGUACGGGGGGCCCAGACAGCCACCUGGCUAUCCUUCACGUACUGGCUCUCCUGCUCCACCUAUGGGACCACCAGCACAGCAACCCACAGGGUAUCCACCACAGCAAGACUAUUACCGUCAAGAUCCGGUAUAUUCUGGUCAACAAGCAGCUACUGCAAGUGGCCCAGGUGGUCAGAUGUAUCCUGGAAGCCCUCAUAGUAAAUCAAUGCCACCUCCAGCUCCACAGACCCCUAGAAGGCAGCCAGAUUUUGCAAAAGACCCACAGCAGUCUCCCUAUCCACCAUAUAGUCAACAAAGGCUUUCUAUAUACGGCUGGAGUAGUGGUAACACUCAGUAUCGGGCACAGUACCCUCCACAAGGACCUGUUCCACAAGGGCCUCCACAGUGGAACCAAAAUGCUCAACGAGCUGGUGGUCCUGAGCCUGGUCAGCCAGCUAACAGCCAGUGGGACCAGCACCGCUACCAAGCUAGUGGACAGUCACCGUAUCAGCCUCCACAACAGGCGCAGCCACCUGGGAUGAAUAAUGCGCAGGUCUACCAACAACAGAGUGCCCCAAAGCGAGAGAUCGUUUUCCCUCCAGAAAGUGUGGAAGCAAUAUUGCCUGUUUUGUAUAAACGCAAGCGAAUGACACGAGGGGAUGUAGCACCUGUAGAAGCAUGGAGGCUUAUGAUGAGUCUGCGCUCUGGCCUACUGGCAGAGAGUGCUUGGGCUCUGGAUAUUCUCAACAUCCUUUUGUUUGAUGAUAGCACAGUUGCAUAUUUUGGACUAGCCCACAUGCCAGGACUACUUGAUGUGCUGUUGGAGCAUUUCAGACGCAGUUUAGCUGACAUGUUUGACUCGCCUCUUCCAGAUUCUGGGAAGAAGUGGUUCCAGGCACCAAAGGUGGAAACACCGGAAGUGGACCUAGGGCAAGUUAGAGUGCCAGUUGAUCCUGCAGAUCACAUCACAUUAAUGAAAUCGACACCAAAUUAUACUCUUGUGACUAGAAACGGUGAGGUAGUUCGAAUUGUGAACAGAGAUAAUGAGAUUUUUGUUGUGGAUAAUCGGAAGAGCUGGGACAUUGAAGGUGACUUGGCAGAAAACUAUGAUGUGGUUCAAGACCCGUGGCAGUUGACCUCUUCAGACAUCAGUUCGACGAAGUACAUUGUGUCAUGUUUCCAAGGAGAGUUCGGUAAUGUUCCAUUUGCGAGACUGCUCGAUGACAGUAAAACUGUAGGUGCCGAAGAGGAAGAAGACUGUCGGACAAAAGUAAGUGAAGAAGAAUCGUAUCCCAUUGAAAACUUGAGUGUAACUCCUCCUAUAGUGCUAAAAGUGGAAUGUAGUGAUGACAACGGUGUUAUUGAUAGUUCGAGCAGUGCAUCUAAUGUGAUACUUAAUGAGGAACAUUUGAGUAAAGACAGCUCCUUCGUUGAUGUGCAGGAUAGUGAUGAAGUGAAAUGGACUAAAACUAUUUUGAGUGAUGUGUUUUCGUGGAUAAAAACGGAAAAUACGGAAGAAAAUUCAUUGCUGCCUGAACACUGUGUAGACCCCUUAGAGCCUCCUAAAGAAACUGUAGAAGUGAAAAAGGAAGCAAACUGUGUCGAAAGUGAGAGCAGUAGUAAUUAUGAAAGGGAGUUGCCGCAUUCUCCAAAUGUACCAAAGGAUAUUGAAACAAAGAGUGAUAAUGCUGUAUCAGAAACUAGUGACACAAAUAAUUUUAGCAGCAGUAACAUAAAAACAGAACAUACAAACAAUGACAAUAGUUCUAAUAGCAAUGAGAGUAGUAUAUUCAACAUAAGCAAAGGUGAUAACUGUAACAGCACAACACCGAAUGAAUCCAGUUGCGAUUAUAAGAUCAAAGAAGGUGUUGAAAGUGAAAUUAUUGCCAGUGAAGAAAACAGUGAAGGUAAUGAAAGUGCUGGAAAUGCUGUUGGAGGAACUAGCCUUAACAAUUGCGAAUGUUUAGAAAGCAAUGAAAGUAGUAAUGGCAACAACAGUUGUGACGAAACUGUAAAAGAACACGAAGAAAUGGAAACAGAAAUGGAACAAGAUGUGUUCCUCGAAGGUUCUGAACAUGAAGGAAAAGACAUAAACAUGGAAGAUGACUAUGGUGACGAAGCUGAAGAAAAGUCAAAAGUAACAGAUGUGAGACCAGAGAUAAAGGGAGAAAACAGGGGUGGCAUACAAAUAAGGGAUCCUGCGGGAACAUUGAAAAGAAGACGUAUGUCAGAUUAUGAAGACGAAUGUUACGCGAGAGAUGAAGCGAGCCUUUACCUUGUUACUGAUACACAGGAUGCAAAGGCAAGGCGUUGUGUUUGUAUUUCAACUAUUUUGAGGAAUCUGACAUUUGUCCCGGGCAAUGAAGCAGAGUUUGCCAAAAAUGUUACAUUCCUUGAUUUGUUGGGGAAGCUUUUACUCUUACACCACGAACAUCCUCCUCGUGCACAGAAACAGCGCAAUUAUGACCAUGAAGAAGAUGCUGACUUUGCAGAUUCUUGUAGCAGUUUACAAGGUGAGGCGGAAUGGUGGUGGGACUUCUUGCACCAUGUGCGCGAAAAUGUGUUGGUGACAGCGGCUAAUAUUGCCGGUCAUAUGGACCUCGGUCAACAUCCUGAGGAAGUGUCGCGGCCCGUAAUUGAUGGACUUCUUCACUGGGCAGUUUGUCCAGCUGCUCAUGGUCAGGACCCAUUUCCCGGAUCUUCAGGCUCGUUGUCACCCCAGCGCCUCGCACUGGAAGCUCUGUGCAAAUUGUGCGUAACGGACUCUAAUGUAGAUCUGGUUGUAGCUACGCCACCCUACUCCCGUUUGGAACGUCUGUGUGCUGUGCUGACACGACUUCUGUGCUGGUCAGAAGAGCAAGUGCUACGAGAGUUUGCAGUGAAUAUGCUGCACUACCUGGCCGCUGCGGACAGUGGUGUGGCACGUACUGUUGCACUGCAGAGCCCGUGUGUGUCCUUGCUAGUAGCAUUCAUCGAGCAGGCAGAAGCUACUGCAUUAGGGGUAGCCUAUCAGCACGGUAUCGGUGCACUUAUAGACAAUCCAGAUGCUAUGGGAACCAGUCUGGAUAUGCUGAGGCGUGCGGCUGGUACAUUACUUCAUCUGGCACGACAUCCUGAAAACCGGCCGCUCUUCCUGCAGCAAGAACAGCGUCUGCUAUCCCUCGUCAUGAGCCAGAUCCUCGAUCAGCAAGUGGCAGCUGUAAUCUCCAGUGUUCUUUUCCAGUGCUCAUGGCCCUCUUCGUAG